UCGCUUGACACACAUUGGCCAUUUGAGAAGCUUAAUCCCUUCGUUGUUAGAAAAAGGAAGGACAUGCAGUACAUCCGCUGUUUUAAACAGAUGGGUACGGGGAUCAGUUGGAGUCUGUGUAAACUGUAUACAUUUGCCGGAUUUCAUGAUUAAAUGGCGCUGGUUCUGCAACCCUUUUACCGUACCGCACGAAAGAACUAAAUAUCACUGGCUGGUUUAUAAGGGUUUAAAAUUUUCCAUAUGCGCGUUUACUGUGGCUACUACGGUACACUCAUGGCUGCAUUUCACGCGUGUAUCUGAAGUUCUGGAGGAUUUCACCGACUAGAAACGAGGUUACAGUGUGUGAAUAAGGAGGAAAACUACAGGAGCUGAACCUUUUUGUUUAAGCAAACAGCGAUUAAGAGGAUCAAAACUUUUGGUACAAUGAUUACCCCAGCAUUUGAGCUGACCCAGGAUUUAGAUUUCCUUACUGUAACAAUCCGUGUUCCUUAUACAAGGACUUCAGAAUUUGACCUCUAUAUGAAUGGAGAAGAUUUUAAAUUUUAUGCCAAGCCAUACUUUUUGAGGUUACAUCUUCCAGGAAGAAUUGUUGAAGAUGGAAGAGAAAGUGGUACUUUUGAUGUUGAUAAAGGUGUUUUUACUGUUAGAGUUGCUAAAGAGAUCCCAGGUCAACAUUUUGAAGGACUUCAAAUGUUAACAGCUUUACUGGCACCCAAAGGUCUAAGGUCUGCUCGGCCUUUAGUGGAGGAGAUAGCAGAGACGUUCACAAUAGAAGAUGCAGGUGGUAGUGAUGAUGACAAUUUGGAAUUUGAAUGGCUGGUACAGCAGACACCUUACAAAGAGACAGCAAGUGAGGAACUGAAUUACCUUUGCAAGUAUGGAUUUGGAAAUAAGAGAACUGGAGUCUUUACUCAACUUCAGGAUGAAUUGACUGAUGUCGUUGAUGUGAAAAAUCCUGAUAGGACAUCUGUAGCAGACCGAAGACAGGGCCGUCUGGAAGCUGAACUCAACAAGUUUGAUCCAGAUCAUUAUCUGGCAGAUUUGUUUGAAGAUUUUGCUAUUCAAAAUUUAUUGAAAUACAAGCCUUGGUGGAAAGGAUCUAGCAGUAAAUACAAGAAGAAGAAAAAUGGUUCUCUUGAGGAACUAAAGGAUGCAGCAGUGAUUUUUACAGAAGAUGAGAAGGAACAGUUGAGGAAAUUCAAUAGUAAAUCCUUUCUGCUUGACAAGAAUGAAACUCUUCAUGUCUGGAUGGGCCUAAUUGAUAUCUUAUUGGCUUAUGCUUAUGAAAUACGUGUAUGUGAAGGUGAAAAAAAUGUUGAAUCAUCAUGGAAUAUACGAAAGUUAAGCGGAACACUCAGCUGGCUAGAGACAUACAGUUCUAUUCAAGAAGUCUUUGUGUCAUUUGGAAGGAGAGUCAUGUGUUAUCCUCUUUAUAGACAUUUCAGUCUUGUUCUCAAAGCUAUAGAGGACUUGGGUUUAAUAUUUCAACUUGGAAAAGCCACCAUACUGAAGUGCUUACUAGAUAUACACAGAGUUUUUAGAGAAAGUGAUCCUGCUUAUAUCCUAAAUGAUCUGUAUAUCUCUGAUUACUGCAUAUGGAUUCAGAAAGCAAAGUCAAAGAAUAUAAUGAACCUUACUGAUCUCCUACGUAACAGGAACAUCAGAAAAGAACACUUAGAAUUAGAACUGAAGGAACUGGAAAAAGCAGCACUAUUGGUCCUAGAGGAGGAAGAAAGUGCGACUUUGCCAGAUGCAAGCAAAACUGAAAAACAACAGAAUCUAAUAUGUUGCAAGGACACUAUUGGGUUUAGCAGUAAGUCUUCAAGAGAGACAGAAAGAUUUCAUCCAGAAAAAGAAAAUUCAGUCAAAUUAGCCUGCAGUUCAAAGAAAAAUGAGGAAGAGUCUUUGGACAAAUUAUCAGGCAGGUCACAGGAAAAUGCAACAUCAUUUGCAGUGAGUACUACUUCUCAUACAAGUCAAUCAAUGGACCAAAUAGCUCCUUCAAGACAAAUCUUGUCUGAUGAAGACAAAGACAAAAUUAUAUCAGAAUCCCUUAACAGAAAAUUGGUUGAAGAACUUGGUGAGAAGUUAAAUAGUAUAGUGUCUAUCUCUGAGGAUUCUACACAUUGCAUUUCUGAGAGCUGUGCAGCAGAAGCAAAGGAAGAGUCCUUGGUUAAUUUCAGCCUCACAAACCCUUCACUUACACAGAGACAGAUUUUAGAGGUUUGCCCUAAAAGGGAUCCACUACUGCUCUUAGUAGACACCACUAAUGAUAAAGAAGAAUCAUAGUAUGUGGUAUUAGUCCUUAAUAAAACAAAUAUUCUUGUAACAUUACGGUAAGAAGCAUUAUUGAUCUCUGCAUUUUUACAUUAUUACAGACUAUAAAGAAAUAUAUUUUUUAAAUAAAUGUGAAUCUUUUUCUGCAGAUUUAAAUGUUUUCUGCUGUUUUAAUUAAAUAUUACUGAUACAUUGGUUUAAAAGGUGUGUGGUGCUAUUAUCAUCAGGUCAUUAAGGCUCCUAAAUGGACCAAAAGUUGUAUGAAUGUAUGAACUACAAACACAUUUCAGAUAGUCUUCCUAAAAGACAUCCCAAAUUAUUUCUGGAAAGAUAUUACAAAAAAAGAAAUUAACUAAAUGGAGUUCGAGAAUGUCUCAAAGUUAAGUAUAUUAUAACACUGCACAACAUUUUUUUUUUUUUUUGCUUUCUGAAAAGUUUUUGCUGAUUGUGAAAGGUACCUUACUGAGUAUGCACAAAUAUAGUUUUUGUUUUACUGCAUCACGUAGGAACUCUGAGGCAUAGACAUUUACAGUGGUUUGAAAAACUAUUUGCCCCCUUCCUGAUUUCUUAUUCU